GGCCGUUCCUCUGUGGCAGCCACAGAGGCUCAGACAGGACACAUGGCAGGUCCCUUUCACCCAACCCUGCUGCUCCUACUGCUGUCCUUAGCCCUGGGAUCUGCUGGACAAGAAGCCCACGGAAACGGGGAAAGGAUUAUUAAUGGAGUUGUAUGUCCAAGAGGCUCCCAUCCCUGGCAGGUGGCCCUGUAUUACAACAAUACAUUGCAGUGUGCAGGUGUGCUGAUCAACAAGUGGUGGGUGCUCACCGUCGCCCACUGCCAGAUGAGUGAUUAUAUUGUGCAAAUGGGCAGUGAUCUUCUGGUUGGUGGGCGUGCCCGGAAAAUCAACGCUACAGAGUCCUUCGUCCACCCAUGGUAUGACAACCGCACCGAUGAUCAUGACAUCAUGCUUGUGAAGCUGAGCAGCCCGGCCAGGCUCUCGCGCAAUGUGAAGAAAAUCAACCUACCGUCCAGCUGCAAAGAACCUGAGACAAGCUGUACUGUCUCUGGCUGGGGCAUCACCACCAUGGUUGAAGGAGCAACAUUUUCAUCGGAGCUCAUGUGCUCAGAUGUCAGCCUCAUCACCUACCCGGAAUGCAAGUUGUAUUAUCCUACCGCGUUGAAAACGUACACGAUCUGUGCUGCUCCCCCAUUUGGGCUCGGCUACCCCUGCACAGGCGACUCCGGGAGCCCGCUGAUUUGCGAAGGUUCCCUGCAAGGCCUGGUGUCUGCCGGAUAUUACCCUUGUUCACUGCCAUUUGAGCCAGUGGUAUACACCCGCCUAUGCAUGUACCGCAAAUGGAUAUCUGAUACCAUGAAAACCAAUUCCUAAUCUCUCCAUGCUUUCAUCCUCCAUCCCUAUGCCCUGAACUGGAACUUCCCAGAAAUAAAGACAUCCAUGA